AUGAUUUCGAUUAAACAAAAUAAUAAUUUUAUUAUUAUAAACAAAAGAUAGAUCAAUUAAAAAAGGAGAGAUUUGAUUUGUUUAUGCAUGGAUUUAAUUUAAUAGGAUAAAAAUUAAGAAAGAUUUAUUAAACAUAAACAAAUGGAGGUGAUUCAGAAUUGGAAUUGGUAGACACAAUGGAUCCAUUUAGUGAAGGUAUAAGUUUAAGUUUAAGACCAAAGAAUAAAUCAUGGAAUUAGAUGUCUAAACUAUCAGGAGGAGAAGAGACAUUAUCUUGAUUAUCAUUAAUAUUAGCAUGAAGUUAUUAUAAACCUUCAACAUUAUAUUUCUUUGAUGAAGUAGNUAAUAAUAAAGAUUUACAAAUAAUUAUGGAGUAAUGAAAAAUAUUAAUAUAAUAGACCAUGUACAUUUGGAAUAUAUAAUUAAUUAACUUGUGUUACUGAGAAGAGGAAUUGCACAUCAAAAGAGCUAACGAGUAUAUUAUAGAAAAAAUAUUAAGUAAAAUUUUAACUUUAAUGAUUAUUGA